GGGAGGGGUUCAGUGGCAGCGAGGGAGUGCCGCUUGCGUCAUCCUCGCCAAACAAAAGAGCAGCUCGCUCAGCGCAUUGUUCAUUCCUACCGACUGACACGUGGUAGUUGUGCGUCUACCCCAAUGCUCUGUCUCCGACACGGCGAUAUCUCUGUGUAGGGGGACUGUGAAAUCACCCUUUUCCCAUCAUAUUGCGUUCGUGUGUAUAUUUAUACGGGCGCGCGUAUGUGGUCUUCAAAUUUGGCCGAAGUGUUGUAAGUUAUUGUGGAUAACUUGGCUUUUGCUUCUCGCUUAGACAGGUGGAUGCUACACGCCGUUAGUGCGGAUUGUAAUUAUUUUAGUGCGGUAUAUCGCGCAAGGGUUAUAGAGAUAGGCAUUAAUUAACCGAACGUUACCUAUACAUCAAGAAUACUUAACGACAUUGUGGACCUCAAAGCGUCUGUAUUUGAACAGGCUUCAGGACGCAUCCCGGCCACUCCGUCUGGCCGGCCCGACCAUCAUGCAGCCACCAAUAACCGGGGCCCUGCGUCGUACGGCAAGCACGAGCGCCGGUGUCCGAAACCGAGAGGGCGGCGCGGGCAACAACAUCAGGAGGUCGGGUCCCAGCCGCUUCGGAAGCAGCGUGAUGAUGGCGCAUGGACGAGGCUCGUCUGGGUCUGGUGUGGAUGGAUCGGUGGUGACCCGCAAGGUCAUGCUCGUGGGUGAUGUGUCCUGUGGGAAGACGGCCCUCCUUGGAGCGUUGGCAGGAGACCCUUUCAGACAGGGAUAUGUGCCCAGCGUGUUUGACAGCCGCUCGGUGACCCUGAAUGGAACGGACGGCCGGAGCGCAGACAUCUUGGUGUUGGACAACUCAGGUUCCUCACACUACGACACCGUGCGACCACUCUCGUACCAGCACGCUUCCGCCGUGCUGCUGUGCUUCGACAUCAGCCGCCCAGAGACGCUUCACAGCAUCCACGUAAAGUGGCAUCGAGAGGCCAAGUCCCACUGCCCAAGUGCCCACCUGCUGCUUGUCGGGUGCAAAUCGGACCUCCGUCUCACGAAAUCCCAGAGAAUGGUGUCUCACCACCAGGCAUCGGAGUCAGCCACGCAGCUGGGGGCUGUGUGUUACGUGGAGUGCUCGGCAACAGACAAUGACACGAACUCUGUACGUGAUGCUCUGCUGAGCCCGACCACUGCCCAGAAGACGCGCCGGCAGCACCAGCAGGGAACUCCCACUGACACUGGCUGCAGCAGCAGUGCAGAUGCAGCGGGCUCGAGUAUGGCCGAAGGGACACGCGAGCCAUCGACGUUCAAGCGCACUGCCUCAAAACGACUGCUGCGUCGGCUGUCCCUGCUCAGGGAACGGCAGCCGCCCCGAGCUGCGCCCCAAGAAGCCCCAGCACCUGAGGUUGAGAGAGACAAGAAGAAUUGUGCCAUUAUGUGAACACUGUGCCCCUCUUUAAUGCGUCCCUAUUAUACUUGUAUGUCAGGCUAUGUAAUCUACCGUUGUGUACAUUUGUGGAAUGUACAGUGAUGAAAACAUUCCACAAUAGCGAUAAGUUAUGGAAUCUGGAGUAGUACGAGUAUCAACUACAAUUGUGUUCCCUGUGCUUUAUUGGUGAGACUUGUCAGUACUGCCCUGGCUGACCCAGGUGUCCCUGGGACUCGGCGUUGGUGCUGGUUGUCUCAUCUUGACCACCACCGCCCCAAAUCGCCCUCCAUACUCGAGUACUUUUUCUCAUUUUUGUAAAGUUAAUUGAGAUGUGGUUGAAUUUAGAUGCAUUAUAAAUCGUUGUUUUUUUUAUAACUCUUGUUACAUCUUCAUUUGUGUCUGUGGUUGCAAGUUUAUUCAUAUGUGAUGCAAACUUUAUUUCGUGAAAACCUACGAGUUAAACUUCCUUUCUAUACCUGAAUAAGUACAGCCUAGGUACAUAUUUACAGUAAUAGAAUACAGUAUUUUUUAGCACAAACUUUUUGCACUACACUUUUUAUAUCAAGAAAUAAAAUAAAAUAUUUAUAUAAAGUUAUAUA